AUGCACGUCGAGAAGAAUUCCUUCCUUCAGUUCUUCGAUGUGAUAUUUGGCAAUUCUCAACAGGCAAAGCUGGACGGCAUUGCAGGGCAAGCUGUCACCGUGUUUGCUCUCCUUCACCAGGUAAGCAUUGCCAUUCCCUCGCAACCGUUUGACUGGAAAGACUUCCUCUUCUACGGCAGGGGUAUCAUGAAGGAGGCUCCAAAAGCCGCCAUCGAUGCCAUGCAGCGGCACAAUGGCAGCCUGCCACGGUUGCAACAUCAUCCUGAUCUUCAGCACAUUCUCUUGCACUGCGCUUCAUUGCGGCAUGCCUUGGACAUUGCUUGGACUUUUGCCGAUCGUCCAGAAGAGUUCGUCAGCAAAAUGGGGGCCUACGUCUGUGUUCGCAGAGGAUGCGAGGACUUGGAAGCAGAUGAUGAGUGUCGAGUCAUCCAGGACGUGCUGGUUAACGGCGAGUGUUUGUCUCAGGAAGGCUUGUCUCAGUGGCUGCACGUCGCUUUGACGCGUCAUUUGUCCAGAGACCUUGUCCAGUUGCUGGAGUUGCUAGCUCCAGUGAGCUAUUCUGACAAGAUUUUGCAAGCUUUGCACAACAUUCGACAAAAGACCCAGCCUUUGUGCAUGGACAUGGGCCAUGCGUGCACAUUCGUCCAAAACCAUCCAGAGCACUGGCUGUCCUCAUGGCUACUUUCCAACAUGUGCUGCUACGUCGGACAUUCCAGAUUCGCGUGCAUCACCAGCUUCAAUUGGGACAGUCUCGUGAGUGCUGCUGGCGCAGUGUUGGCUGUUCGUGGCGACGACUUCCGUGGCGAGCCAGGCUUCCUGUGGGCAGUGCAGACUUUGAAAUCGUUUCAGGGCUCCGGCCAUCCAGCAAACUUCUUGGCAGCGCUCCUGCGCUUGCUGCGCCAGCCGUGGUGUGGAGCAAGCACUGAUGCUUUCACGCAGCACCGCCGCACCGGAGAACUCAAGCAACUCCUGCAGCGUGACAUUCCAUCGCUCGUGGAGCUGCCUUUCGAGUUCUGGCAAGAACUCCUUCACGAAGAGGAGCCUGUGUCUGCAGCCUGGGCAUCAUCAUGCGGAGCCUGGUUGGUGCAUGCCAUCGCGAUGGCAUCACUUCGUUGCUAUCCACAGCUGUGCACCGAACGUGCUAUGCAUUCCUACGAAAUGGCAGAGAAGGUGCUGACUACGAUGGACCGCUUUAUCAGAUCCUGUCCAGAUGGCCCGACAUGCAAGAGCUUCUUUGUUUUGGUUGUGCUGCUUCGGAGCAUGGCCCCGGUUCUUGCGCACUUUGACUUGGCAAAUUCAGUGGAAUUGUCAGCUCUUCCCGAGAUCUCCGCCUCUUUGAAAAUGGCACUCUGCUUCCAUCGGAACUUGGUGAACGCCGGAUACGAGGAAUACAGCCAGCCUUUUUGGUCGGAGUUGCUGCACCCGUUGGUCUCCUUCUUCGAGGGUGCCAAGCAGGUGCUAAGUCACGACAUUGAGAGCUUGACAGUGGAGACUGCUGACCAGCUCUUUCAAUCGAGGGUGAGGUGGAUGCAGGUUCAGGAUGUGAUGCGAGAGUGUCAAGGAUGGGUGGCUCCUCAGAACAUCUUUGACAGGCGCGAAUAUGAGCAAGAGCACGCAGAGGUUGCCCAAUUAAGCAAGAUCUUGCAGUGGUUGGCCGAUCGGGACAUAGAGGGCUGUGCCGGGCUUCUUCAGGAAAUCGACUUGGGCGCCUCUUCCCUCACCUUAAAGAGGCUGCGUACUCAUCGCAGACGCGUGCUAAGGGAACUCAUGCCACUACAGUCGAACCUGAAGCUGUUGCAGCAUUUCGUCGAUCGCGAGUCCCAGUUCUUCAAUGCUGCAGUACUACUGCAAGCGACAGAGCAUCCAGGGCAGACCAUGGCAGAUGCUGCCUUCUGGGUGCUUGAAACAGACCGCCUCAUCCAAGCAUUACUUCGUACGGACAUCAAGCUACAGGAUGCCAAAGUAUUCAUCGACAUGACGCAACAGGUCAACAUUCCGGACGAGCUUGCCAAGAUCACGUCCUUCGAAGGCUAUGCGCACACCAGCGAGGAGCUGCCGGCAACUAUUCAGCGAGCCUUGAAGCUUCUGCAGUACUCUGUUGCUGCCCAUGUGGUGGCUGCGGUCGCCAAAACCUUUGGUCUGGUCCCAGACGAUGACCCAGACAUUCGCUAUAUUGAGCUGGAAAGCCAAAGACGUCCGAAUCGACUACUUCGCGAAGCGCCCAAGGAGUAUGAGAAGCUCGAGCAGCUAUUCCGCUGCCCUGAAGGUUCCCUUCGCGAUAUUCACUUCAGCCUGAUUGCCAAGUUCCGAGAUUGUUCAGCCGUGAUCGACUUUUUCAAGGAGAUCGAGUACGUUUCUGUCAAGGGCCAACAUCAUUUUGAACAGAUCAAGAACAGCUUGACCAUUCAGCUGCGGGGGCAGAAUGUCGAGAGGAUGCUCCUGAAUGAGGUCCUUGAAGUCUGCAGGCUUGUUACCCCCUUCUUGACCAGAUGCAAUUCAUUGGCAGACUUUGUGAAGAACCUUGUCGUCGGAUUGGGCGACUUGCAGCCUCGCCAUUUGGAAAUUGCAAGCCGCGUCCAUGACCAGCUUGGCCUGGUGCGGCGCUGGUUCUCCAGAGUCCAAGGCAAGUCAUGGGAGAACGCGAUGGCGACCUCCCGUGCACUGGAUGAAACCGGGACCUUCGUGGUGCAGCUGAAUGCUCUGGAAGGGAAGCCACACUCUGCCUGCGUCAACUAUCUCUUUGACGGCUCCAGAUCGGUUCGAGCCAGUUCCUCCAAGGUCCGAAUGAGUGAGGCCGAGACACGCGAAUUGCUGCGACAGCUCGUGUUCCACAGCAAAGGCCGCUCGAACCAAGCAGACGGACAGUCAGAUUGCUACAAUGCUGCAAGGACGUGCAGCAGAAAGUUGAAGAAGGUUUUCGAGAUUCUCCAGUGCCUUCAAGACUUGGAAGCAAGCGGGCAUCCUGAGUUUCAGCUCAAGGAGCUGGAAUUCUCAUUGGGCGGCUCUUUGAGCACCCUCAGUGGCGAGGCUGAAGACUUGAAGCGGCGGCAGGAUGCAUGGAAGUCGCUCCUGCAAUCCUCGCGCGUGCAGUGUGAGCUUCUUUCUCUUUUCGAUAGCCGCGAGUUGUUUGUCCUUAUCGCGCUGAGCACCCCUGGCCAUGCCCAACGUAAGAGGGUGGUCGAAUCCCUGCUUGGCCAAACAGAGUGGCCGGAAGAUGAGAACAGCAGGAAAAGCUUGGAGGCAACCCUCGCGGCCCAGUGCUUGGAAAGCCUCCUGCACAGCCUCAGAGAUUUGGCGGUGGUGCCAAAUGACUUGAUGCAGAGGUUGAUGAAUUUCUGGAACUCCAAGUCUCUCCCCACCGAAGCACUGCCGCUGGAGCAGGCCAUGAAGCAACUGCAGAAGACUUUGGAGAAGCUCGGGAUUCAGGCAGCCAAGCGUGCCCUUGGAGGCGUCAGUCAGGGUCACUACCAAGCUGCCAUGAGUUUGCCAGCAGAUUCUUGGAGGUCGGAGAUUAGCCUGUUGGCACGAGCUGGCGCAAAGUCAGACAGGUGCAUUUUGCGAUGCCAUCCGUCGCUCCAACUACACGGUCUCGAUGAUUUCUUCCAACGGGUCGAGCUUGUGUCUGGGGGCACCUUCGUCGUCCUUGGCGUCAACAGUCUGCCGUUGCCUCUGCAGAAACGAGUUCAAGAGAUCCAAUGUCAGCUCCACGACAAGGAGAAAGCGCACGGCCGGGUCUUCUACACCUACACCGGGAUCCAGGUGCCCCCACAGCCAGAUUUCAUUCACGAAAUGACAGUGCAGCUUCUAGACGAUGAUGAGUUGCGGUCAGCAUUCGGCACGCGAAAAGAUAGCAUCACGGUGGUGUACGGUCCUGCCGGUUCCGGGAAGACGGACAUGCUGCACAGCACGCUCGGGAGCGACACGCCACUCCUGAGCAUCACCGCCCAUUUCGACGAGAAGCUUGCUCAAGUGACCAUGAACAGAUUGGCUGCGCAGGACCGGGGUAUUGGCCUCAAGAUAUCCGAAGAUGCCAACCACCUCUAUGUCAACCGCCUGCUUUUCGACCUGCUAAUUUGCCGAACCUGGCGUUUGUCCUCCAACGGGUCCGUCUUUGCAGCUGGGCCAAGCAAGCGGCUCACCUGGUGCAUUGAAGUUCCAGAUCUGACUUCAGAUGGUCGCCCGACGGAGGAUAUGUCCCCAGCAGCUUCGACAUUGCACAUUUUCCCAGUGCUGAACAUAUGCCAUGCAGAGCUCAAGAUGAUCUGUGACAAUACGCAUCAGCUGCGCGUCGGCACUGCCGAGCAUUUCGUGGCAAAGUUCUUGCAGGCAGGCCUUCCGCCUCUCCAGGGAGGACAACGAGCAAUCGACAAAUUGGGUUUCAACGUGCCCGUACGCCACCCGGAAGUCGUGGAUGAUUUCGUGUGCCGUCAGUUGAUUUAUGAUGCUUUCAGGACAAGCUGCAGCCAGACUCCGAACAAGCGCAACAUCAAGAGCUUUGUGCGCUACUUGGAACGACGCUUCCGCUUCUUCGAGAGUGACUUCUAUAUAUACAACACAAAGUAUUCUGGGUUGGGCAGUGCCGUGUUCGAUCAAAUGAUACGGGAGGCUGCAAUGCUGACGGCGACAGGUUUGGGGGUUGGUGCUUCCCAUACCCCCAAGCCGAUGCUAGUGUACGACAGCGGCUGGGCCCUGUACCUUUUCGAAGGGCGCGGCGAAGUUCCACGAGAUCUUAUAAAGUAUGUCGCAGACGGUCGACAAUACCUACAGCAGCCCGGGCGAGAUAUGUGCGACAAUGGGGCCGCCAUGCUGGCAUGGACGUUGGACUUGCAAGAAAGGGAGGUGAAAGAAGCUUGUUGCGAGCUUGGCUUCGUUCUGGUCGAGGACUUCACUUUUCGCCUCCUGUGCAUUCACGAACGGCGUCUCGCUGGUGAGCCUGUGAUCAUUGAAGGCCUUACGGGUGUGGGCAAGACAUUUCCGAUCAAGGUCUACGCCCACUUGUUGAACUACAAGCUACUGAAGAAGGACAGUGACUUUGACGAAGCACCAAGAACUACAUGGCGAGUGAAGACGUGGCUACGAGAAUCCAUAUUGCCACGAAUAGGGGACCAACAAAAGCGGCAUGAGCUCAACAACAGGCUUCUGGAGUCGUCAUGGACUGACACGGCUCUGCUGGUGGAGCUGUUUGAGAAGCUACAGGAGGAGCUGGAUGAGCUGCAACGCCAGGACACCGCAGAAUUGCUGGCUCCGCCAGAAUCCUUGGCCGACGAGCUCUGGGAGAAAGUGGCCGAGUGGCUGGAUCAGUGCCCUCUGUUGGAGGCCUCACCCAGGCUUCGCGAGUACCUGGAAGAGAUGUCGCCAACUCCUGGUAAUGCCAGAGAGCUGCUGAGCCAAUUUCUUCAAUGCCCAGUGGCAAGCGUGUUCCACCGACUUCUGCUUCAUCCUGACCUGAACGUCCCCGGAUUGGAGAACUUCCUUGGGCCGAUUCUUGACUUGGCCAAGCGAGUCCCCAGGGUGAAGCAGGUCGUGCUUUUCGACGAGCUGAACACGUCGGAGAUCCUUGGAAUUUUGAACGAGAUCAUUGUCGAUCACACCUUCCAGGGAGUGGUGCUGCCGGACAACCUCUUUUUCUUGGGGUGUAUGAAUCCCUACACACCUCGCAACUCGGCUACCGGCGAUGGCCUGGGAGACCAAGCUUUGGCUCACCGCGAGGAAUACUUCGUCCAUAAGCUACCGACUUCAAUGAUGGCCCACCGCUGGCAGUUUCCACCGCUCGAAAGAACGGAACUCCAGGAGUUCGUCAAGCAGAAGAUCAAGCUCCAGUUCAGAGGAUGCUCCUUCCUGGGUGAGCACUUGGAGAAUCAGUUUGCGCUCUUGAUGUGCAAAUCCCAAGAGCUCUUCCUGCAGGAAGUAGGUCAGAGCUCUGUGAGCCAGCGCGACCUCCAACGAUGCUUGAUUGUGCUGGAGUACUUCCAGCGUCAUUGGCCCGGCUCUGAACGGCCAAAUGACAGAGUCAUGCGGUGCAUUCUGUUGUCGCUGGCCGUCGUGUACUACUUUCGGCUCUCGGAUGGGUGCAACUACGGCAUGGGUGACGAAGCAGUCGCAGGGCACGAGUUGAAGCAAGAGCUCUGCGAGUUGGUCCAGCAAGUCGUGGGCAUGAACUUUCAAGAAGAGGUGACAUACGGAGUGAACUGCUACAUCUCUGAGCAGAACUUUCUGCUGCCGGAGGGAGUCGCACUGAAUCGUGACCUGAAGGAGAACCUCUUUGCCAUGCUGAUUACAACCCAGACAAAGCUUGCCAGCUGCAUUCUGGGCUCCCCUGGGCGGGGCAAGACUUUGGCCUUCGAGGUCCUUGUGCAAAAUCUGCGUGGUGCGCAGUCGCCCAAGGAGUUUUGCAAGCGCUUCAGGGCUGUAGACCCUUUCUUCUAUCAAUGCUCUCCUGACAGCAAGGCUGCUGAAAUCGAAGACAUCCUGAGUGGAGCGACAAGACGGGAGCAGAUGUACGAGCAACAUGGCGGGAAGGAACGUUGUGUGCCCUUCUUUGAUGAGGCACAGCUACCCCAGGAGUGCCGAAUGGUCAUGAAGCCUCUCCAUGAUGUGCUGGAUGAACGGCAGGUGGCGACAAUUAUAGUUUCUGGCAGUCCCCUAGAUGCUGCCAACAUGAACCGAAUGUCAAUUUUCAUCCGCCACACGCAGACACUGGAGGACUUCAUGGAGAUCGGAUUGGGGGUGCUGGGCAAGUCGGGGAUAGGCCGGCUGCCUGAACGCACUCACUCAAUUCUGCGUGGCUUGGCGCGCGCAUUCGUCGACAUCCUCGCUGAUCCUCGUUUCCGUGGGGUUUUCUCCCAGCGCCACUUCAUUUCACUGCUCCGCAAUUUGAGAUUGCACUGUGUCGUGAAAAGAAAGCUCUUAACUCCCGAGCACAUUUGCCGGGCAGUGGAAGAGAAUUUCCAAGCUCCAGAUGUGAGCAUCUUGGCAGUGAUGCAGAUCUUUUGCCAAGCAAUUGCCCGAGAAUUCCCAGCCAGCAGCUCUGAGUUCGCAAGUGCAGGGGGCGUUGAAUCUCUUCGUGGAUGCUUGGACUUGGCUCGGGCCUGCAUCUUCGGAGAGCGUGAGCAGUGCCUCACAAAAGGGAGCCCACACCUUGCGCCUCGCUUUUGCAUCGUGCUAGAUGACAUGAAGGAUGACAGUGCUUGCCGAAUACUCGUCCAGGAAGAGGUGUUGCCUGAAGAGAUUGAAGUCAUCGAUGUUCAGGACUACUCCAACGAAGCUGACGACUUCAGCUGCUCGGAAUGUGUGUCCCAAAUGACCCUCUGCAUGGAAUCGGGCAAGCCGGUCUUGCUGCGCAAUUGCAGCUCGGGCAAAUUACUGUGCAGUUUCUACAACCUCUUGAACCAGAACUAUCGAGUGACGGAGUCCGCCGAGGGCCAGCAGAUCCUGUACAUCAUGAUUGCACAUGGGCCUAGGGUGCACUACUGCCGUGUUCACCCCAGCUUCCUGUUGGUCUUGCAGAUGCGAAAGGAAGACUUCCUGAACCAGCCUGCGGCUCUCAGAUCUCGUUUCUCUGUGGUGUCUCUUCCUUUAGAGCAGGUCCUGCACGAACGCUUGGGCAGGGCCCUUGCUCGGGACGUCCAGCGGAAGGCGGUGAGAACAGCUCUGGACACCAUCCUCGAGCUUGUGUCAAAGCUUGGUGCCAGAUCUUUUGCGGGCUUGGUUGAGCACACUGUGGACUCUCUGCUGCUCUCAAUGGUCUCCGGCCUUCAGAGCAACAAGAGGUGUCUGCAUGAAUUUGCAACUUUGUGCAGCGAAGGCCUAGAGCUCAACGCGAGCACGGCUGUACAAGUCAUGGCAGUGAGGCUGUUGCAGCUACUGCCUCCGGAGCAGAUGGUGAACCAUGCCAGCAAGCUGGGGCACGCAGACUUCUACCGCAACGCCUACUUCCUCCAUCAGAGCCACUUUUCACUUGUCAGUCUGCUUGCGACGGCGCGCACCAAUGCCGAAUCCUCUCUCCCGAAACUGGUGUUGUACACUCGCAGUUCAGCUGAGAUUCGCAUCCUACAGCAAAGCUGUGGAAAGAACACGCUCUGGGAAUCUGGAGGCUCUGAGCAUGUAAUUGUCAUCGAUGCUGGUGAGGUGAGCACCACUGCUUCUCUCGAAGUAAAGCUCCAGGGAAGCUGUGCAGAAGCCUGGUCCGCGCAUGCUGUGCUUCUCGUGGUGGACAUGGAGCACUCCAGCAAUGAGCGUGUCUCCUGCCUGCGCACCGUUGUGGAUCGUAAGGCCAGGGAAAACCCUUCGACUUUGUUUGCAGUCCUACUACACUAUGCGCCGGAGCAGGUCAUCGCUGGAAGCCUGUAUCCCUGUUUGUUCCUUGACGGCUGGGAUUUUUUCUUCAUCGACUCCCUCGGCCAUUGUGCCGCUUUCGACGAGGAGUGCCUCAUCAAGGAAGUCAUGGCCGCUUCCGCUCAAGACGUUUCCCAGCGAAAGCUGCGCAUCUUCAGCGAGGCGCAGAGCCAAGAGAAGUAUGUCGUGGAUUUCUGCAGGAGGGUCCGCACAGUUCCCAGCCGAUCUUUGAGGCCUCCGGCACCGGAGCCCAGACCCGAAAACUCGACUUCAGUUUUCAGCUUCAGUAGCUUGGCGGCGACGGUCGGCAGGGGCAUGGGCUACCUUUUCAACCAGAUUCGGACUGGAUCUUCAGAUGAGCAGAAAGUGCAGCGUUUCUAUGUGCCGGAGGCCACCAGGCAAGAAAGGACCAGUGCUGUCACCCUCGUGCUGCACAAGCAUCCCCAGAUCUGGCAGCACCUGCUCACCACCUUCCACGACUCUUUGCCUAAACCCACCUUGCACGGCCAACUCAUUCAUCUGGCUCAGCAAGUCCGUGAUGGGCGCCGGCUCAUGUCGUUUACCGAUGCGUUGAGGUUGCAGCUGCAUGGAGAAUUCCGGCAGCACGCCACGAGCUACCUGAGAGCACUCUGCGCAAAUGGGGGACUUCGCACUUUGAUAGCAGAUGACCAUGGGGUGGCAACGUCUUUGCUCCCGUUCCUACCCGUUUGCUCCCAGACCGGGACGGCUUCAGACUCCUGGCUGAGCCGAGGGGCAUCUAAGGCUAAAGCCAUACAUAGAUAA